CACGCGUAGCGUCUUCCCAGUAGUUUGCUUCUGGCGUUUUACCUCAGCCGCGGCAGAGUAGCGGUUGCCGCGAAAAGCUCUCGGCGCCGGCGCCGGGGCGUCCGGCUUUUGGUCAGGGCAAAGUAGUUUCUGGAAGUUAAGUAGGUACAGGUUUAGUCCACAAUGUCUGAGGAGUCAGAUGAGCCUCAGGCCGGCCCCUCAAGUGCUGGGCUAGAUUGGCCGAAUCUUGAGAGAAAUCGGGCUGGGGUCCCGGGAGGGGUGAUUAGAAGGGCUAGUGGGCAAGGGUGUAUGUCCUGGAUCCAAAAAGUUCUUGAGCAGAUUGUAGAUUCACCUCUCACGUGGGUCACCCCGAAGGAGGUGGCUUUUGUCAGCGUACUGGCCGUCCAAAGAUACCUGUUGGAGGAGCCGGACGACAAUGUACGAGGGGGCCCACUGUACUGCUACGACGUAACGAUCUCUGACGGGGUAUAUCGGGAAAAGUGCUACCUGGACCCCAGCCUUAACUCUCUCGUUUAUAAAAAUAUUCUUAAAGUUGGCAUAGAGAUGAAAAUUUCCAGAGUCUCGUGUCUGUACAAUGAGAAAAGAUUAGGCCAGGGGAUCCUGUGCAUAGAUAACGUCCAAUGCGGACGGACUUUAGAUGCGAUUUCUUUAGAAACUCCCUUCAGAAACAGAGCGCAAGGGGUCAAGCCCGAGAGACCCCUGAGGGGCGGCAAGAGUCAUUACUUGGCGCUGUGGAAUAAUGAAGAUCCGUAUGGAGAUAUCUGGUUGACUGACAAGCAACCCAAGGAACACAAUUUUACAAAUACUAAAAUAAUUUCCCUUUCUCAUCUUGAAACAACCUGGACUGACAGAAGUGAUUUCCCUGCACUGCUUGUGAGGAUCUUGCGUCAAUCAAAACUGCGAUACUAUGGGAAACCUGAUAAAAAGACGAUUGAGCCCUACCAGACUGUUUUGGAAGUUGCUGACCGUUCAGGCACAGUGUUAGUGAUCCUGUGGAAUGCUUUGUGUCCUGAGUGGUACAAAAGUUUGCGGGUUGGUUUGGUUCUUCUGCUUCAAGAUUAUUCAGUUAAAAAGAGUUAUCAAUUCAGGAUGCAUCCGCUCCCUGUGAAUCCACACAUCAAAUCAAUUUCUACAAUGGAAAUUGGCCUGAAUCUUCAAGAUCCUCCAACUAAUAUAAUCAUCAUUCCAGAAAACCAAGUGAAACCUGAAUGGAAAUUGCCAAAAUUAAAUUAUCAGUUUAUCACAAGAUCAGAACUGGAUGAUAUGCCAAAAGAUACUAUCUGUGAUGUUAUUGGCCUUUUGGUUUUUGUAGGAAGGGUCCAGCGAUCAAAAAAGAAAGAAAACUGUGAAGAUUUUUGGUCAUAUCGCUGGAUACACCUUGCUGAUGGAACUUCAGAGCAGCCAUUUAUUGUGGAACUGUUUUCUACAUCUCAGCCAGAAAUCUUUGAAAAUAUUUAUCCAAUGACACAUUUUAUGUGCACCCAGCUAAAAGUUGUCAGACACGAUGCUCAAGUACCUAAGCUGCUUUACCUCACAACUACAAAUGAAAGUCGAGUGUUUAUUAUCGGAGAGCUAAAUGAUCAGCCCUAUACCAACGAUAUCAAGGUACAAAACUUUAUUCAGUGGGUUACCAGAAAGACUGAAUCUGGGCAAGUGGAGAAUACUGUUAUUGGUGGAUAUUAUCCCUAUCCACCAGUGCCGGAGACCUUUUCCAAGUACAGUAAUUUUAUUAAAGCUCAUUCGUUCUUGACACCUGUGAGUGAAGUGAAGAAGGAGAUUGAAGUCUUACAGUACAGGGAACAAAAACGAAUUGCAAUUCAGGGGAUUAUUACUGUUAUAAAAUAUAUUCCCCAUAGCAGUGCAGUGAAAAGUGCCUCAGCAUCAGAAACACUUUGGAACGCUAACAGAUCCUCAGCAUCCCCAGCAGCUAGAGAAGAAACUGAAAGUCAGGAAGGAAACAGGAAAUGUUAUCAAUAUGACAGACCCGUGAGUUCUCAGUGUAUUCAAACAAUAUCUUCAAGUUUCAGCCCAAGCCAUAAAAGAAGAAUUCUUCAAGGCCCAUGUGCUAAACCAUUUGCUGUUCCUCAGACAGAAGCUUCUACACAGAUUUCUGGAGAUAGACUUGGCAUGCCUAGCAUCUUCCAAUAUUGGAAAAGUUCUGAAGGGAAGAUGCCAAAAACCUUCACUGACAGAUGGGAAAGUCAGAUGUGGAGAGACAAAAAGUAUCAUGUAACAGAUCACCUGCAUUACAGCCAAGUUUAUCCUGAAAGCAUUCCACGAAAAUUUCUUUUUGAACAUAGGAAUUUUCUUACUCAGCAGUAUAAUUCUCAGCCCUCAAAAUACAUACCACCAGCAGAAAGGCCCCCCAAACUUGAAGAUUUUAAGAGUGCACGAAGUCUUGGACAUUUUGAAAUAACCAUCCUAGGUUUAAACCAUGACAUAGCAAUUGAUGUCGCAUUCCUCCCCAUGUAUUCUCCAGAAGAUGUCCGAACUUCACAAAUAGACACGUUGCUAACUUGCAUGAAUUACAGCUGUGUCUAUCCACAGACAGUAACUGACAUUGACCAAUGUUCAGAUCCAGAAGCUCUUGCAGGUGAUAUUAUAAAAGCAGUAACUGAACUGGAUAGAGUACAUAUCGUCGGUAUCUUGGAUAUCUGUAAUUUGGGUAACAAUAAAGUGGAAAUCUAUUUGCAGAAAAUUUAUACUCCAGAGGAUACAUCUUAAGAAUUGGCAAAUGAAAUUAUUGCAUAUAUAAAGAGAUUUCUGCUUUAAAGAUAUUCUGUUAUCUUAUUGUUAAUUUCAGUAGCAAAAAUAGAAUGUGAGGUCAAUUCGUUUGGUUUUAUGUUUAUUUGUACUUAUAUUUCAUCACAUUAUUUUAGAUUCACUAUUGAAAAAGGUCAUCAGAGCAGCUUAUUUGUAUCAUAAGAAUUUACCCUCUCUAUAUAUUACCAUUACCUUGAAUUGUAAUAAUUUUUAUUUGAUGUUCCAUUUGUGAAGUGUACUUUUAUCCUAAGCCUCAACAUAAGACAUCCUGUCUUAGAAGAAGACAGGAUUCAUGAAGAUUCAGUAUCAUUCCAGUUUUAUUCACGCAUAAUGGAAAAUUUUGAAUUGUCAACUUGAAGACUAAAUUUUCCAAAGUUGGCCAGUCUGCAUUUCUCAGAACCAAGGUAGUUCUCAUCAUUUUCAAAAGCAUAUAUGGGUUGUUGUGUGUUAAUCUGAUCAGCUGUAAAAUGAACGUGGUGAAUUAAAUUGCCUUAAGGUCAUUUCGCUCCAUAUUGUGACAUCAUAGACUUGAGAUUCUUAAAUAUUUUGAUUGGUAUGUUAUGCUAAAACCAGAGGUUGAUAUGUGUCUCUAGCUGUAUUCAUUUGUAGUUUCAGUAUAUCUAAUGUGAAUUUAAAUAAGUGAAAUUUUAUUUUAUAUUAACACUUUAAAUGCUCAUAUUAAAUGUAGAAAACAGUAGCUAAGGGAAUAAUUUUUACUCUGGUUAUCCAUUGUACUUCAUUUGAAAUGUAAAUGGCCACUCCAUAUUUGUAAAACCCUGUGGUUGACAUCUAUGUGGCUUCUUAGAUGAGCCAGAUUGGGCAUUAAGUGAGCUUAAUGAUUAUUCUGUAUCAAGAUUAAUCUGAUUAUGUUUAAGCUAUUAACAUGUGGAAUUUCUCUGUAGCCCUGUUGUUCUGAGAUUUCAUAUGCUACAUAUUUAAAAUGUGUAUGACAGCCUGCAAACCUAAAGACAUACUGCAGUUUCUUUAUAAAUGUGUUUGUUUCAUUCUUUG